ACCAGCACUACGGUGAUCGGUCCAGUCCCGUUCAGAUUAUUGCUGCGUCGAGAUGUGUUCCGCUACGUUCUCAUUGUCUUGACUCACUGACAUUGCUCAAUCACAUUUCCCACGCAUGCACUAGUUCCACACCCUAAACUGUGCUUCAAAUAGACCAAUGUAGUAUCAUUCUGAAGUUCCAUUGCACUAAGAUUCGAAAAUCCGAAAGUCAAAAUGGAAACAAUCACCACCUCGCAAGAGGAAUCGAGCUUACGCAACCGAAAAACGCAACGAAAAGGAAAGUCCACCGCGGAAGAAACGAAAAAUGCGGAAAACAGUUCCAUCGUUGGUGACGGGGAAAACAAACAGAAACUGCAACGCGACAAUGGCGACGAACCCGAAAAGCUCAAAACCAAAUCUCCUCCAGCCAAUGUCAGUGGGCAAAGUGGUCGUGGAAGCGUGAAAUCAGACAAUGAGCCCCGUUUCGUGAUCCGGGUUCAACUGGACGGGGCUUCGGUGGUAUUGUUUGUGCUGUCGUUUGUGACACGGUUCUUUAGGCUCAGCCAUCCGAAUGGGGUCGUCUUCGACGAGAUACACUAUGGGAGGUUUGCCUCGCUAUACCUCCGGAAUACGUUCUAUUUCGAUCAACAUCCGCCUCUGGGAAAGAUGCUGAUAGCGGGAGCUGCCAGUGCCGUGGGAUACAACGGGAAGUUUGAAUUCCCGAAAAUUGGUAGCGAAUACGAUGCGAGCGUUCCCAUCUUUGCCUUCCGUUUCGUACCGGCACUUUGCGGAAGUUUGUUGGCCCCAGUCGUCUACAGCAUCCUUCGUCAGCUGAAACUCAGCCAAUCAAUUGCCAUCAUCGGUGGACUACUGAUUGUAUUUGACAACGCCCUACUCACACAUUCCCGAUUCAUUCUGAUGGAACCGAUGUUGCUGCUGUUCUCCGCCGUUGGCCUCCUGUUCGUGCUCAAAUUCCUCAACAGUCAACCAUUCUCCGUUCGCUGGUGGUCUUUCGGAGCCCUUGCCGCUGCAUCGCUCACCGCUGGAGUUUGCGUCAAAUAUGUUGGAUUUUUCAGCUACGUUCUGGCAUGCUACAUCAUCGGUCGUCACGUCUGGAUGCAACUGCCAGAUCGAAACCAAUCAAACAUGCACCUGCUCGUGAAGGGUCUUACCAAAGCCACACUCUUCAUUUCCGUUUCUAUUGCGCUAUAUCUCGGUUGCUUCUACAUCCACUUGGAAACCCUGAACAAAGCGGGUCCCCAUGAUAGCGUUAUGACCAGCGCUUUUCAAGCUUCACUUGAAGGUGGCCUUGCGUCCAUUACCAAAGGGCAACCGCUUCGUAUCCAACAUGGAUCUCAGAUCACUUUGAAGCACACCCAUGGACGAGUUUGCUGGAUGCAUUCGCAUGCCCACGUCUACCCGAUAAAAUACAAAGACGGUCGAGGCUCUAGUCAUCAACAGCAAGUCACUUGCUACGGGUUCAAGGACGUUAACAAUUGGUGGAUUGUGAAACGACCGGAAAAAGAGAACAUCGUGGUUGGUGAAGAACCGGACUACAUCCAGGAUGGAGAUGUUAUCCAGCUGGUUCAUGGCGUUACGAGUCGUGCAUUGAAUUCACAUGACGUGGCUUCAGCAAUGACUCCGCUCAGUCAAGAAGUGUCCUGCUACAUCGACUACAACAUUUCCAUGCCAGCUAAUCUGCUGUGGAAGGUUGAGAUAAUCAACGCCAAAGAUUCGAAGAACAAAUGGAACGCCAUCACAUCGCAGAUUCGAUUGAUUCACGUCGCAACCAACGCUGCACUGAAGUUCACCGGCGAGCAGCUUCCAGAUUGGGGAUUCAAUCAGUUUGAAAUUGCUGCCGAUCGAAGGCAGUACACAAUCGAUACCAUUUGGAACGUGGAGGAACAUCGUUAUACUCAGGACGCAGAAAGGAAGGACGUACUGGAGAAGUUGUUGAAAACGGAGAUGAUACCACUGGAACCGACAAAAUUAUCUUUUUGGGACAAAUUCAGCGAGCUGCAGAUGAAGAUGUUACUUCAUGCGGAAAAAAUGGAAGGCCAUAUGUACUCAUCGGAACCAUUCGAUUGGCCUCUGAUGGACAAGGGAAUUGCUUACUGGGUGGAUGGUUCAUCGAAUGCACAGAUUCACCUGCUCGGAAAUCUAGUCAUCUGGUACUCGGCUACGCUAGCAAUCGUGGCGUACAUCGGCUUACUGGUGUUCUACCUAAUUAGACGCAGAAGAAAGUUCUUCGACCUGAGUGAGGAUGAAUGGCAGCAGUUUCGAUUUGGAGGCGAAAUUUUCCUUGCCGGAUACUUGAUCCACUAUUUGCCAUACUAUUUUGUGGAAAGAACGUUGUUCUUGUACAACUACUUACCAGCACUUCUGUACAAGAUUCUACUGCUUUGUUUUGUAUUGGAACAUAUUCAGCUGGUGAUCAAGAAAUUUGUCAAAGCCCAAUUGGUCUCCGUCAUCUAUAGCGCCGUUCUCUAUGCUUGGGUGGCUGGAGUGAUCUACUUCUUUGGCAAGUUUAGCGUACUCAGCUAUGGCACCACCGAGCUCAGUGCCGACGAUGUUCUGAAACUGCGGCUGAAGGACACCUGGGAUCUGAUUGUUCAUAAACCUUAGGCGGGAAAUGUUUAAGUUUAUAAAUUUUAAUAGAAAUACUCGUUUUACAUGUUUCCGAAAUAGCUGUACACAAACAAUGCGAUAUGUUGUAAAAAUUAUAAGCAAUACUCAUAUGAUAAAA